CUCCAUGUCUGCGGCCCCUGAUAUUGCGUCUUUUGGAGGCUUUCAGCACCUUUUGCUGUGUUCCCUAAGCCCGCUCGACAUGUUCAACAUGAGGCUUUUGUAGAUUCGCCUGCAAAAAGCUGCCCCAGUACUCCGUACUUCGUGCAAUACAGGACAACCCGAAACCUUCAUGCUCCCAUGUCGGUCACGGUCAAACAUCUCAAUGCCGACUCGACGUUCCUGCUCCUCUUCUCCCCAGAGGCGAACCCUUCACCCGCCGAGCUGACCUUCGCAGGAGGUGCGUUCAGUGUUUUGAUAGAUCCGUGGCUAAAGGGUCCUUCUAUCGUCACCGCGCCAUGGUUCGCGAGAACAGAACAUACAGUUCCCAGCGCGAUACGGCACCUGUCCGAGAUCGAGGAACCUGAUGUGGUCGUUGUGUCGCAGAAGAAGACGGACCACUGUCACAAGGAAACACUGCUUCAGCUUCGGCCAGAAGCGAGGACCGUGAUCGCCGCCGAACCCGCGGCGGCCAAGGUCAUCAAAAGCUGGGCCCAUUUCGACCCUCACAAGGUCCAUGGCUUGCUCAAGUAUGACCCCAAGGUCAAAUUCGGUCGGUCGUUUCGACUGUCGAUACCGCCUCUCGGCGCGGAAGGAUUUCCAGGAGAGGUCAACAUCUCCUUCGUCCCCGCCAAAAACUACAUGACUGGUCUACACAAUGCUUUUGGCAUCACGUACCAACCACCUACGCGGACGAAAUCUCUCGCACCCAUCGCGACCAUGGACUUGCCCAAGGUGACGAAAUACUUCCACAUGCCGUUGAGUCCAAUGACCCUCCCGCCAUCAACUCCAGCCCAGCCAUUAUCUCCUCUCAGUGUCAAGCCCGCGUCCUUUGACCAGCCACGGGACGCACACCGUUCCAGUCAACGGUUUCAGCAUCGGCCGCGCCUGUCAAGGUCCUCCAACACGGCCUCGUCAGAGUUCCUCCCUGCCUCGGAAGACACUCUCGUCCAGAUCACGCCUACGUCCGGCGCCGAAGACAUUGUACGACAGACCGUGACCGUGCCUGACCGGGCUCGUCUGUUGGAUAUCCCUUUCCAGUUUGAACUCGACAGGCCGCCUCUCAGCUUGAACAAGUUCCCGACGCCUCCACACUCCCCCGGUACGACACUUGUAAACACGUCGGUACCAAACUCCCCCAAUCCGUCAUCAGGAAUGCCUCCGCCUACGCCCGUCUCCCAACAUCAUCGCAGAUCGAUGGCGCAGCCCCGCCACCACCAAAAGUCCCUUUCCAGCUCCACCUCGUCCAUGCCGUUCGCUUCGUCACCCAUCAUCACCCCCGCACGCCCAAAGGCGAUAUCUGUCAUCUACUCACCCCACGGGGUAGCGUUGUCAGACCUACAGCCGUACGUGCAACAUCAGCUCGUACGACUGACGGGAGCUCUGCCGCUCACGUUGCUGUUGCACUCUUUCGACCGGGCUGAAAACCCGUGGUUCUUGGGCGGGAACAUCAUGACCGGGAUGGAAGGCGGGGCCGAAAUCGCCCGCGCUCUGAUGGCCAGGUGUUGGAUCAGUGCCCACGACGAACAGAAGGAAGACCGCGGCGUCAGUGUCAAGGCCCUACGCGUGAGACGCAUCACGGCGGCGGCGGUGCGGAAACAUCUCUGGGAAGGAGAACAGGGAGCUUGGUUGAAACAAAAGGGCUGGAUCUGUGAUGUCAGAAGCCUAGAGAACGGUAAAGAGAUGCUCCUUGGUCCGGCGAGGGAUUUGUGUUCGGGUAUGGAAGGCAGAAGGGAGUCUCGCUUGUUGAGGUUUGGGCCCGACGAGAUGACUUCCAAUGCAUGAGAAUGUUUCCUGGUUGGUGGUCUUCUACGAACACUCCGUUAUCCACAGCGUCAUGUUUCUGUGUGAAGGUCUUUUGUAAGCAAGCAAUGAUAUAUCAUGAUACGUCUUGGUGUAGGGAUGAGUAGCUAGUGUCCUUUGGGCAAUCGUGACAGUGUCUAGACAUAACGCCGGGUGCGUCUGUACUCGUACUA